AUGCCUCCAUCACGCAAACGCAGAGCGGACCCCGAGGACUCUGACGCCUCUCAAACUCAACAAACCCGCCGUCGCCAAAGAAGCAGAUCGUCAUCCCAAGAAGAUAUGUCCGACGCCAGUGCCCACGGCGCACGCGCGCCAACCAGUCUAGAUGCGCUGGUCAAGAAGAUGGUCCGCUUUGCACUAGCAAGCGAAUACGGACGCCUACCAAUCCGACGCACGGAUAUCAGUACAAAAGUCCUCGGCGAUCUUGGAACGGGCAUGUUCAAAAUUGUUUUCGAAAACGCGCAGAAGCAGCUCAGAGAGAAGUUUGGAAUGGAGAUGGUUGAGUUGCCUGCACGUGAGAAAGUGACAAUCUCGCAACGGAGAGCCGCUCAAAAAACUGAGAAACAAUCCAACUCCAACAAAUCUUGGAUGUUAUCAACUACCCUCCCACUUCCGUAUCGCAAUCCCUCUAUCCUGACACCUACCAAAGCCCCCUCAACCAGCACAGAAAGUACCUACACGGCGUUAUACAGCUUCAUUAUUGCCGUGAUCUCGUUGAACGGGGGCGCGGUCUCAGACCAGAAACUCGAGCGGUACCUUGCACGCACGAACUCGGAUCAGUACACACCCAUCGAGAAGACGGAGAAGCUACUACAAAGGCUGUGCAAAGAAGGGUAUCUUGUUCGCACGCGAGAGAUGACAGGCGGAGAAGAGGUCAUCGAGUACAUGGUCGGACAGAGGGGGAAGGUGGAAGUUGGAUCUGGGGGUGUGGCUGGGUUAGUUCGGGAGGUUUAUGGGUACGGGUUUGAUUCUAUGGAGGAUAGGGAGGAGAAUGAUGAGCUGUCACAGGUAACCAGGGGGGCACAGAAGGACUUUGAGAUACGGUUGAGGAGGACACUGGGCUUGCCUGCGUUGAAAGAGAAUGUUGGAGAGACGGCUGGGCCUCAGACUCAGGCUCAGACUCAGACUCAGACGAACGGACAUCGAGAUAGACCGAGGGCAUCCAGGAGGGCUGCUACGUCUUCUGGGUCGGAGGAUGAGGAGAGUGAUUAG